AAUUUUUACCUGUGAGGUAUAGAACCGUUGGAGGCUCUGAUCUACACCUGGAUUUAAGGUUAGGAUUGUUCAGGUCACACAGGCAAGGAUUAACAUAAAUUCUGUGUACAACAUAAUACAAAAUAUAUUUUCAUGUGAGUGUGUAUAACAUCGAACGAUUUAGAGGAUAUUAUCAACACGCCUUUAUUGUCAGGCGUAUUUCUGAUGAAGCUGUAAAUACCUAUAUUUACAGAUCGUGUAAUAAGGCCUCAGAGCUAUGCCUCGGUGUACUGUCCUUAUUCAUACUGCGGGUGAGUUGUCCUCUACAGCUGAUAAAUUAUUGGUAACAUACCACUUACAUGGAAAUCGGCUAUGAUGAUGUUCUUCUCUAACUCAGAGUGAACUAAUUGACUUCCAAACUUCAUCAUCCAAUUGUUGUACUUUAAUCUACCUGUACUUUUGUUCUUCAUUCUUUGGAAUUUAGGAUUUUGGAUUUGUGCUGGGAUUACUUGCAGCUCUUUUUAACCUUAUGCCAAAAUUCUGUGCCAUUGGAUGGAAAGUAUUCUCUCUGUAAAAAACCUUAUCUUGUCUUGUACAUGGAGGGAUUUCUCUUCGGAUUAUACAUCUUAAUGGUACAACCUGUGGAUUAAGUAAUGCUUGAUUGUGUCAGCGAGAUUUAAUUAGGAACAAUAUCAAAAGAUACAACCUCCCUGUUAUGUGUUAGGGUGAGGACAUGAACACAUUACCCUGGUGGUAUGGAAGGCGUGGUACUGUACGCUCUUCUCUCCCUUGCCACGGCAACCGUUGCCUCAGGCUUCAUGUACAGCAAUGAGGGCGACAUCGGAGUACUGCUUCCCGAUGAUCCAUACAUCUAUAUUGGCCAUGAGGUGGUGCUGACAUGCAACUUGACCCGCCCCCUUGUGGAAGACUCCUCACGGAUGUACUUUACACGGAAGGACAACAAGGUGAUUCCUGGAAAGUAUGUGUUUCGGCUCAGCACACGAACCAUACAGCUCCGCCUACCAAUUGAGUCUAUGUAUGAUGAAGGCAACUAUGUCUGUAAACUCAACACCACUCACGGCACACCCAAGAUAAUCGCCAACCAGUAUGUCAAGGUCGAAUUUGCGCCCAAAGUGGUGGAGGAAAUUGACUGUCGAGUGUAUAACUGGGAAAACCUGACCUGUGUAUGGGAUCUGGGGGUCCGCUAUAUCCAUAUGGAGGACAUCAAGAUUGAUCUUGUCUGGACAGUUGAGCGUAUGGAGCAUGCUGACUGUCCCCAUCACACAGCUACUUCCUGUACAUGGAAGAUGGGUGUGUUUGACAGUACUUACUUUGACGGCAUGAUGUACUACAUGCAGCUGACAAUCCAUAACAAACGCACAGGAGACAUGGCAAAGUCACGACUCAUGAAGAAGGACACACGACGUAUUGUGGAGCCUGCAUCAGUCAGUAAUGUCAAGUAUACCUACAACAGUACAUGUAUGACCUUCUCCUGGUUACACUCCCGCCCGAACAACAGCAAAGUCUUCUACAUCCAGUACAACUCCGAAUGGGAUCCUCAUCACUGGAAGAAGCUUGAGAUUUCCAAUGGUAACACCAAUGUUUCUAUCUGUGGAUUGACACCUUACACUAUCUACGUGGUCAAGAUCCGCUGCUCACCUCUGGUAGAUGGGUUUUUGAGUAAAGAAGUGGACACUACUCUACUGACCAAGGAAGAUGCACCUGGUGCUGCCCCCUCUCUCCAGUCGGGCUGUUUUUCGGAGCAGACAUGUGACAUGCUCAAAGACUGUCGCCAGAUCAUCUUGUAUUGGCAGCCUAUUCCAAGAACAGCAGCCAAUGGAAUGAUCAAAUAUUACCAGAUCACCAAGGUUACACAGAGUACGGGUAGCAAGGAGGAAACCUACGUGAGUCACGCUAAUCAAGGCAGCCUGGUAUUGGCUCAAAGUCAGGACUAUGUGAUCGAGAUUAGAGGGGCAACCAAAGCUGGACUUUCACCACACUUUUCUACAAUCUUCAUCCCAGCACAAUCCAAAAUGCCCGUAUUUCCAGAAAACUUUGUAGUUGAAGUAGUUAAUACAAGUUCUGAUGGCCAGAAAUUGGUACGAAUGAUCUGGGAAGCACCACAGACUGAUGAAAGGGACGUUGAUCUAUCAAUCUCAUCGUAUACAGUAUACAUGUGUAAGGGAUCACCAAAUCUACACCGUUGUAGCUCGGAACCUUUACAAUGGAAAGUUUUGAAUCCAGGAGUAAAUGAGUUCUACACAAAUGUGUCAAGGACAUCUAUAGAGUUCACCAUAUUUGGUAUAUCCAUGGAAACCAAGAUGACCUCUGGAGAGAAGAUAAGCAGUGGAAUUUUAUGGAACUCUUGUCUGUUUAACAAAAAUGAACGACCGACUAUAGCCCCUAAGAAUUUUGCCUUGAUGGAGUAUCCAGGGGACAACCGUGUACGUUUGGAUUGGGACUUGUUCCAAUGUCACGAAUCUCAUGGUUACAUACACUCCUACCUCAUCUUCUUCUGUAAGGCGUCCAGAGACGGCAACUGUACAGGAUUAGUGAAAGUAAUGACAGUUAGUGGCAAAACAACCACCUUCACUCUUCAGCACCUGGAGACAGAGACAACAUACCGUGUGUGGCUGGCUGCUGAGGCUGAGGCGGGACAAGGACCAGUAACAUCUCCUCUGUACACUACAGUACAACAUCCCAUCAAGGUGGGGAUAUCCAUGGAGGAGAUUGGUGGUAUUGCUGCUGCUGUCGUCUUUGUCUGUAUACUAGCACUCUGCAGUGUCAUCAUCUUUGUCAAACGCUGUGUUACCACUGUCAAGCAGAAGUUCAAGCCAUAUGACAUUAUCAUGCCCCAUGUUCCCCUCCCUCCUAUCCCGAUGCCUGACCCUCUUCCACCACAGUCACCAAGUUCUGACGACUCGGACAGCAUCUACGAGAGGAUCGAUGGUCGUCGACAUGACAGCUCCUCACCAUCCUCUCCUGAUGGGUCAAUUGAUAUUCCACUGAUCAACAAGAACGGUACACUCACCAAGUCACAGCUGUAUGGCGACCCCCAGCGGAUGUAUCUACGGUCGAGUGGAGACAAAGCAGGAACUGACAGUGGCAGGGGAAGUAUGAUCUCUGCUGCUGGUUCUAUCUUUGCACGGCUUCAGCCAGCAGGGGGCACCCUGGAGAGGAAACAGUAUGGCUAUGGGGUGACUCAAGGUCAUCCACCGCCAACUCCCAAUCGAGCAACACAUCGCUAUGAUUAUGGAAUCCAAGGCAACAAGACAUUCCUUAGAGAUCCACAUUCUCCAGUUUGGAAAAAGAAAAAGCUGUCAUCUAGUCAGGAUGUGUUGCGAACAGCAGAGACAUCACCUUACAGUUGUGUGGACAUUGUGAAUCUGCCUGCAACAGGUAGCGACCUCAUGAUCGCUUUGGAUGGCGGGGCUCGAAGUAUCGGUAGUACAUACAGUGACCCGGCAUAUGGCACAAACAAUCUGUCCGCUACUCCAUUGAGAAAGAAAUGUGUCACAUUACCAUCAAAGUCUGCGGAGAAUUUUCUCCAGCACAGUCACUUUAAUAUCAAGAGACAUCCUGUUGACAUUAAAACAUUACAGGACUACUCCGACAGUAAUGACCUUGGGGUGGCAAUGUACACGCCAUCAACUUCCAAGGAAAGAGAUGAGGAAGUCAGUAUUGUGCCGACAGUACCCAUCUCCAGUAAUAUCAAAAUGAAUGACAAGGAUAUUAACAACACAGAUGAUGAGACGUGUUCCCUGGAUGAAAAUGUGCAACAGGGAGAACCCAAACGAGUCAAUUCCAAUUCUGUAAAAGUCAGUAAAAACUAUGUGUGUCAAGCACAAUUUGAAAAAAGUAAGAAGCGCAAGCCAGAGGUGACAUCAUCACCGAAGCAGCUCAAUAUUAAACCCGGCGCUCGGCCUGUCAGUGAAGUUGUAAACGUACCGGCCCAUUUCUAUGGAUCUCUGUCUCUGCUUGACACCGGCGAUGCCACAGAACUGUAACUCUGUGGGGGAAACUCAUAGCAUAGUUCUUAUUUCACUGUUGUCACUUCGUUUGACUGUCAUUGUAUUGUUUUGAGCUUCAGGAUCUUGUUUCUCGACUCCUCUCAUACAAGCCCCAUCAAUUGUGGAACAACGAAGAGAAUGGUUCAAUUUUGUUUACUUUGAAAUUUCACAGUCUUCUAUUUAAAAGCUAAGGAAACUUGAUCUGUUUAAAAGUGCUGAGUUUUAGCAUGUGAUAAAUUUAUAUAUAAGAUAUGUAAUUUAUAAUUUAACAAGAUCUUACUUGUUGAUAAGACUAUUGUUUUAAUUUAACAUUAUUGCAUAAUAUUCAAUAUUUCCACUCAAAAGUGCUAUGUUAACUUAUAGAAUGGAAUACUUAAUGAGAUUUUAUAGCAAAAUCUUACAAUGCCAAAGGUAUGUAUAUGACUUGGGAUUUUUAUGGAUAACUGGACAUUUUUCAUCUCUCAGAAAAACCAAUGGUCUUUCUGACUUAACCUUGCAUAGAAAUGGUUGUCAGUUACACUUAUUCAGAAUUUAAAAUUUAGAAUUUAAUUGCCAUUGAAAGUUAAUUAAUAUAUUUUUGUUCAAUUUUAUCAAUUUUCAAGAUACAUUCUUGUAUCUACAUAUGAAGAUACCAAAUUUAAGUUUCGUAAAAUUAUAACUAAAGAUUAAUAUAUAAUGAUAUAAAAAUGAUGUGAUGCCCUAUAAAAUGUAUCUUAAUUCCCCUUUCAUGCACAUUUUAUUUUAAGCUGUCUGUUUUACACAGUAUCCUCUGUGUUGUUCCUGUGACAAUAAUAACUAUUGUUUUGUUGACUUGUAUUAUUGUGUGUAUUGCUCCCUAAAACUAUUCAUCAACUGAUUGAUGUCAAAAUGUAUUUUAUACCGGUAAGGCACUGUGCAAUAAACACUACAUUCAUAUAUUACUCGGUAUGAAGUCAUUCACAGAUAUAAUUCCAAAAACUCAAUAUUUCAGCCAGUUCAUUUCAAAUAAGUUUCAAGGGUAUAAAGGUUUUACUGGUAAUUGAAAGAUGCUGUUGCUAUGUAAUAGAACUGGCACUUCAGUCUAAUUACCAACUUAUACAUGUAUAAUCAUUGAAUUUUUGUGUAAAAUACACAUGAAGGGCAUAAUUAAUUAUCAGGGUUAUCAUAAUCAUAUCUCAUUUGUCUUUUUUCGACAUUUCAUCAUUUGUUAAAUUCACAGGUGCCAGUUCAACAUGGCUUCUGUCCAUGUACAGAGCAAUCUUUCAUCUAAUUUGACUACCAGUACAACAAUGAUACUACUUUAUUCACUGGCCUAAACAUUGAGACCUAGCUUGUACAUUUGUCAUAUAUUUUAACAAAAGAAAACAUUUGAACAAAACUUUUAAUUUGCAUCAUGAUUUUUCUUUGUCAGAUGUUAUAAAACUGAUAGAAUGUCAUAGUCCCGUAUUGAGUAUCCUUGUCAUGGUGAAAUAGGUCAGUGUACUUGACAUUGUUUUUUUUUUUAUACAGAAAUAACCUGUAAGGUUUGGUUAACACAGCAGUUUAGAUUCUACUGUAGUAUGUAGCUUGGGUAGUACAUAUACAAACUGAUCGGUCUAAAACAUUAUUUAGUUUACAGCACAUUUCAUCUACGUGUUUUUACAUUUAUCCUAACAUUUAUGCUGUACAGUUGCUGUUUGUACAAUUUUUUUUAGCAAUUUUGCCGGAGAUACAUGGAUGUAUACAAAAUUAUUGGCCCAUCCGUUUCCAUGUUGUUUAUUUCAAAAUGCUUGACAAGCGGUUUUUUUAUUGCAAAUUGUAAUCAUAUACUGGUACUGGAAUGUAUUUUGCUGGUGUUAAUUUCUAUGAAGAAGCAAAAAAAAUAAAAUUAAUUUAACCUGUCAAAUUGCAAUUAUAUAUUACACAUUAGACAUGUUAACUUUCUUUUUUUCUUUGAUUUUAAUCCUGUAAUUUCUCGAGGGGGAAUUAAUUACUGAGGAAUAUCUUACAUCUUUUUAUUAAAUUUAAUGUCAUCAAAUAAAAUAAUUGGAAGUGAGCAACAGUAAGGAUGGGCUGAUGGGAAUGUGUACAUGUACAUAGACAUUGGUACUGUGUGUUAGUGGGCCUGGUCGUCGUGUUUACCAUGCAUGUAUAUAUCCCUGGUUACCGCCCGCACUCUCUGCAUUACCACAUGGUAAAAACUCCAGGGUUAUACAAACACCUGUACUUGUCUAGAAUUCUGUGAAGUAUCUACUUUGUUUCAAAUAAAGCUUCUUUAUUGUGAAACAGCUAGAUUGCUUAAUUUUGGCACAGUUUGAAUUAAAAUGAACUCUAGUCUCCAAAAUACCUACUUGGUAGUAAGAUCGGCCAAAUCAGUGAUGGCUUGCUCCACAAGACUUAAUUUAAUUGUCAUGGUUAAUGUUUUUACCUAUGGAAACUUAUUCUUGAAGAUUGAAUUUUCAUUUGCAUGGGCAUUAUUACUUCAUUAUUUUUGAAAAAUGUCAUACUUUAAUCGCUGUAAAAUUGCAUCCAAAUUCUGUAGAUUUUAUGGGGACUUUACUGUAUUAGGAUAGGUACUUGGCACAAAUUCCCAUCCCCAGGGUCAAUAUACCGACUUGGUUGAAAGGGGUAGGUGCCAUUUAAAGUUCUUGUCGUUAGUGGUAAAGUCAGCUAUUUAUACUUUGACAUUAAAAGCAGCAAAUGCUUAUACAUUUUUGUGUAAAAGCCUGGGAUGUUAAGCAUUAAGCCCACUGAUUCUGUAGUAAGGAUUUGACCUUUGCCAUGUUAGUGUUAAGUGAUACCCCCAGUUUGCCCCUUAAUUCAUUGUAUAUUUACCUACACAGCUUUAAGCAUUUAUAUUUAAAACACUAUGGUUGUGAUUCAUCAAGUAUAUUCCAUUUAUGGAACUCUUUAAUGUUCACAUGCAUUAAAUCCACUGGCAUACUAUCAUUGCCUGUUUGUAUCUCUGCACAUUAGAGAGUUCCACAUUGAGACCUUUUCAUCUCAUCAUCAUUCAUGUUUCGUAUUGAGGUGACAAAAGAAAAAGUAUAUAGUUCAACUUUUAUUUUUAUUUUAGAUCAUGUUCAGUUAUUUUGUAAUGUAAAUGCAUGUAAAUGUACUUGUUCGCAAAAUAAACACAGUACAUUCCUUGCUAAAGUCAGCAUUAUAUCUGAUGUAUAAUUCAAAUUACAGCAAUCAUUUUAAAUACAGUUGUAUUUGAUACACAUAACUUGGAUACAAAGUCAAAUUUUGUUAAAACACUAAUAAGAUUUUCCGAUCAUAUUAGAGUAGACAUUUUUAGAUGCAAUUUUUUUUUCAAUUUUGGCAACUUUAUUCUUUGGAAAUUCAAAUUAUAUAUGAAAAGUAGAUUACAUCGAUACAAAUAAAACAUAUUUAGUUCUUAAAUGACAAGAACUAAUAUCAAAGUCAAUAACUAAAUUUAGUAUUGCAUUGCUUAACGGAAGAUUAUGAACACAAAAAAUGUUUGCAAUAAUUUUCUAAAAAAGUAUAUAUGGGACCAAUGAUAACAUAGUUGUAAGGUUAUGUGAUUGAAUCCUGGUAUGUAUCAUUUCUGUUAAUAUAGGUGUGUAUAUUAAUUUCUGUGCUUUUGUCACCUCCUAGACCAUUGUCAUGUGAUUACCGGACCUUCUGGUUGUGACUAUCUGUACCUUUGGAACAUUCCAUUAGCUUUAUAAAGCAUUCAUUUACAUGUCUAACAGGAAAUCUCAAAUAAAGUGUUUCGUAAUUACAGUCA